CUACUGUUCAAAAUUAGUCAUUCCCUCACAGGCCCAUGCAUCUCUCAAUAAACUAACAAAAAAAAACUAAAUACACAUAGAUUAGCCUAUCGAAUAGUUCAUAGUUCAUCUGUAUAGAUCUUGUUACCAUGCAGAGGCACAAACGUGAAGUUUUGCCCCUCUCCAUUGCCUUUCUUGUGCUACUCGUAGCAUUCAUCUCCCCGGCAUAUUCGCAGCACCAGCAAGCCAGCUUCAACGUGGGUGGCGGCGGCGGCGCCCCAAAAACGCCGAGUUCUGGUGGCGACGCCGGAGCUGGAGCCGGCAGCAGCUUCGACCAGUUCAUUGCCCAGAACGUGGAGCACUACGCCGUCACCGAGCAGAUCUACGCCAGCAAGGCCAAGAACGGCACCGGCGGCAAGACGCUGGACGCCGACCUGUCAGCGGCGGAGGCCUCCAAGGUGAGGUACGUGGUGAGCCCCGACGGCAAGGGGAAGUUCAGGACCAUCACGGAGGCGAUCAAGGCCGUGCCGGAGAGGAACAAGCAGCGGGUGAUCCUCGACAUCCGGCCCGGCACCUACAAGGAGAAGGUGCUGGUCCCGAGCACGAAGCCGUUCAUCACGUUCCUGGGCAACACGAAGAACCCGCCGAUCAUCACGUGGGAUGACACGGCCGGGACGCGUGCCAAAGACGGCUCCGCCGUCGGAACCAUGGGCAGCGCUAGCGUCGCAGUCGAGGCCGACUACUUCAUGGCCUCCGGCAUCGUCUUCAAGAACCACGCGCCAUUGGCAUUGCCGGGGGCAAAGGGCGGGCAGGCGGUGGCGCUGCGCGUGUUCGGCACCAAGGCCGCCUUCUACGACUGCACCAUUGACGGUGGGCAGGACACGCUGUACGACCACAAGGGCCUUCACUACUUCAAGAACUGCGUCAUCAAGGGGAGCGUGGACUUCAUCUUCGGCUUCGGGAGGUCCCUCUACACGGACUGCACGAUCAUGUCGGUGACGAAGGAGAUCGCGGUGCUGACGGCGCAGCAGCGGACCAAGACCAUCUCCGACGCCGUGGAGAGCGGGUUCUCGUUCGUGCGGUGCAAGAUCACGGGCAUGGGGCAGAUCUACCUGGGGAGGGCGUGGGGGGACUCAUCCCGGGUGGUCUACUCCUUCACCGACAUGGGGAAAGAGGUCGUCCCCGUUGGAUGGGACGGAUGGAACGUCGAGAAGCCAGCAAAGACCGGGGUAUUCUACGGGGAGUACAAGUGCACCGGGCCAGGGGCGAUGUCCACCCAGAGGAUCGGGUGGGCGCGGGUGCUCAACGACAUGCAGGCUAGGGCUUUCACCGGCUCGCACUUCGUAUACGGCAACUCAUGGAUCCUGCCCCCACCAAAGUAGCUAGUUGGACCAAUCAAUUCGGGGAUCUAUGUCUCAAUCAAUUGAGAUUUUAUUUUGAUAAAGGGCUGAGAUUUUCUAAAACCUCCAUAUAUAGAUAUACAAAAGAGCAACAUAUGUUUAGCAUUAAAUUCCGAUUGAGAUUUAAAACAUCUCACUGAUACCUAGCAAAAUUGUAUAUAUGUGGUACCCACUUACUAAAGUCAUGGGUCAAUAGGUCUUGUAACAUGGUAUGUACAACAUGGAAAAUGUUCGUAGGAGUUAAAUUCAAUAGUUAUACUGAUGUGGUUAUCAAUUUCCA